AUGGCAUACACGUUGUUUGUGAUCGAAAUAAUAUCGGCAUUUAUAUUAGCAGCUACCUUAUUAUAUAGAUAUGGGGAUUGUUAUAGGAAUCAUAUACUGGUUACAGUAUCUGUUCUGAUAGCAUGGUACUUCUCAUUUGUUAUCAUGUUUAUUCUUCCUUUGGAUAUAUCAUCGACUGUGUAUAGGCAAUGUGAUAAUGGAACUCAUCCCGUCACUGCUGCUACAGUUACUGGGACUGGUAAUGGUUCUAUUUCAACACCUGCCCCUGACACUCAGUGUCAAAAGCCGUGGAGUUAUGUUCCAGAUAUAGUUUUUCCAAACUUAUGGAGGGUUGUUUAUUGGACGUCUCAAUGCUUAACUUGGCUUAUUAUGCCAAUGAUGCAAUCAUAUAGCAAAGCUGGAGAUUUUACAGUGAAAGGGAAAUUGAAAUCGGCUUUAGUAGACAAUGCCAUUUACUAUGGCUCAUAUUUGUUUAUCUGUGGCAUACUUCUCAUAUACAUUGCACUUAAACCUGGUGUUUAUUUGGAUGGGCCAAAAAUCAAAGCUAUAGCAUCCUCGGCAAGUAACACAUGGGGUUUAUUCCUGUUAAUCCUACUUCUUGGAUACUCUUUAGUAGAAGUGCCAAGAAAUUUAUGGAACAAUUCCAAGAAAAAUUACACUUUGACCUAUAGCUAUUUUAAGGUAGCAAAAUUGAGUACAGACAAAUGUGAGGCUGAAGAAACGGUUGAUGAUAUUUUAGAGUGCUUAAACUCUGUAACAGCUGCAGUAGGCCCCGGCCAUCCUUUACAUACUCAUGUUGAGACUAUAGUACAAAAGUUGCCGAUUCAAUUAAGGGAUAAACUGAAUUCCAGAUCUCCCCCGGAAAGACCUACACCACCUUCACUAAAAUCUCUAGUGAAUUUACACAAAAAAACGAUAAAGGCCUUACAUGUUUUACAACGAACCGAAACGCAAUGGGGUCUAAUGAUGGAGCGCAUCUUUCAUUUAGAGGAUGUAGCAUCCAAUUCCCGCUCACCAGACAAAAGAUUCCAACACACAUUCCAUACUCCACGACCAAGAUUACAGAGGAUAUUUUAUCCUCCUAUCAUUGAGUGGUACUGGGAAUGUUUCCUUCGUCAAUACUUCCUGAAGGCCAUGUUUGUAGUGACAUGUAUAUUGUCAGCUGCCGUUGUUUGGUCAGAGUUGACAUUCUUCUGUAAAAAACCUGUUCUCUCAAUAUUUGCUAAUAUUGUGCUGGCAGCUAAAUCAACCUACAAUUAUGCUUGUAUUGUUUCUAUAUCAACCUUAGUUAUUGGUUAUAUGUUCUACUGUGCAUAUUCAACGGUACUCAAGAUUCGUCUCCUUAACCUCUACUACCUGGCCCCUCAUCAUCAAACCAAUGAGUACAGUCUCAUAUUCUCUGGUAUGAUGGUCUGCAGACUCACUCCAGCCAUGUGCCUUAACUUCUUGAGUUUAGUGCAUAUGGACUCCCACGUCAUUAAAGAGAGGGUUAUGGAAACUUAUUACACUCAGAUCAUGGGUCAUAUGGACGUACUCGGCAUUAUAGCUGAGGGAUUCAACAUAUACUUCCCUAUGUUGGUGGUAUUGUUGUGUCUUGCGACAUAUUUGUCGCUGGGAAGUCGUCUAUUGUCGCUGUGCGGCUUCCAACAGUUCGUGGGUGAUGAUGAACUCACAACGGAUUUGGUGGAUGAGGGACGGGAAAUCGUUAAGAGAGAAAAACGCAAACGUCAACGUGCCGAGGAGUCACUCGCCCGCCGCCGAGACUACAGUGAACGAUUCACGAACAGGAGGGACGAGGAACAUGACAACGCCCGUACUGGGCUCCUCAACGACGUCGAUUCAGACUACUACGUGAGCCCCGACAGACACUCCUACCAGCGGGACACCUUCAGACCCGGCGUCGAGGACCUCGAACAACGGUUCGGAGAGAGCGCACUGCCCUCUAUAAGGACGGAAUACGACGGCCGAAGACGGGACAAGAUGACUAUGCCGCCUAAAGGAUUAUUCGACGAUGUUUAG